UCCCUUCAUUCAUUGUCAGCUUCCUGGAGCCAUUUUUGAGCUGGCAGGGCUGAGACUCGCGCUAGUUUCUAAUCCAUUGCAUCUGCCUAAAUGUGCUCUCAAUAUACUUUUAAACAUACAAAUAUCGGCAAAUAAGAUCAUAAUCUAUUCUUUCAUAUCAAUAUUUUUGAAUUUGUCGCGGUGGAUUAUCUGAAAAGGGGCUUUAAACUAAAGGGACAAAGGGUACCCGAGCCCACAAAGAUGAGAAGAGGGAUCUCAUCAGCCCCGGAUAAAGUAAUAAUAGCAGGGGUUGGAGGCUCUUUAGAUAAAAAUGCGGUAUUGACAGCAUUGUCCGACCGGUUAACCCCUCAUUUUACAACUGCCACUUAUAUCCAAAUUAUAACUCCACCGCCUUGCAUUACACAGACUUCAAAUGUCUGUUUGUCCGAACCUCCAGCUGGCAGUAUAUAUACCACUCCAAACGGAGCAACAAACGGAACCGGACAACGACCUACAUUAGGACGUCCACCGGCCAAGCGGAGGUUGGCGUUGGAUGAGUCGGACCACCAGUACCCCAUCGAAGGAGCCAGGACCCCCAGGGGAAAGGCUGGAGGAGCCUCCGGGCCUGGGCUCAAGAGCCCCAAAACUCCGAGGUCACCGGUAGAGAAGACGCGCUACGACACGUCGUUGGGCCUGCUGACGAAGAAGUUUGUUGAGCUGCUGGGCCAGUCGUCUGACGGCGUCAUCGACCUCAAUCAGGCCGCGGAGGUUCUCAAGGUGCAGAAGAGGCGCCUCUAUGACAUCACCAACGUACUGGAGGGGGUGCAUCUGAUCAAGAAGAAGUCUAAGAAUAACAUCCAGUGGAUGGGCUGUAACCUGUCUGAGGAUGGGUCUACGUUGACCAGCAGCCAGAGUCUGAGCAGUGAGCUGUGUGACCUGGGUCAGGAGGAGAGGAGACUGGACGAGCUGAUCCAGAGCUGUACCCUGGACGUCCAACAGAUGACAGAGGCCUCGCACAGCCACAAGUUUGCGUAUGUGACAUACCAAGACAUCCGUCAGCUACGUCACCUGAAGGACCAGACGGUCAUCGUGGUGAAAGCUCCGUCUGAGACCAAGUUGGAGGUGCCAGACCCACAGGAGGGCCUGUCGGUCCUCCUCACCAGCACCAAGGGGCCUAUUGAGGUGUUCCUCUGUCCGGAGGAGAACAUUGGUAGUCCUGUAAAGAAUGGCGGCCCGGAUGUCCAAGGAAACUCCUCACCUUUCCUCAAAGUGUCAGCAGAGAGCUCGACAGGCGGCAGCAGUAACGUCUACGUCCCUCCAGAUCCCUCUGCGGUGAUGGUGACCAACCUGUCCCCCAUCACCUCCCCUUUCACCAGCCUCCUGCUGCAAACGGAGGACCAGAUCCCCUCCUCCCUGUCUGGGCUCCUGGAGGGCCACGGGGCCGGGCCCUUCGUCAACCUGUCCCCCCCUCUCCUCAACGAGGACUACAUGCUGAGCUUAGAGGACGACGAGGGGAUCAGCGAUCUGUUCGACACCUGUGACUUUGACAAACUUCCUCUAGAAGAACUCAUGUGUCCCUCGAUGUAAGAGGGAGGGGUGUCCCCCCCCCAUUACUGAAUAGAGGGAGGGGUGGAAGACGGGAUGUGUCCCCCCCCAUUACUGAGUAGAGGGAGACAUAGGGGACACUUGUCUCUUCUGUGUUCACGUGUACCAGGAGAGACUGGGAAAUGUCUGCUGUGUUCAUGUGUAACUGUCAUGGAGGAGCAGAGAGGGAUCCGUCUAGAGAGAGACUGCACCAUGGGGGGGAGCUCCUUGGCACCCCUUUCCCUCUGUUUAAAGAGGAUUAGGUACACAGGGCAUGCUGGGUAAAAGAUCUCUCUCUCUGUGCCUGCCUGUUUGUCGAGGCAGUACACUGGGCCAGGUGGGUGAAAGACCCCCCACUGUAGACUGGGCCAGGUGGGUGAGAGACCCCCCACUGUAGACUGCCUUAAAACUGGGUCGUGUUCAGUAGGAACAUAAAAACGUAUAAAAACUCAUUGAAACUGAAACAGGGGAUGUUUUCAAUUUCAGUUGCGGAAAGGUUUUGCCUUUAGGCUUGUGGCCUAAUGAAAACGACCCUGACCAACUCUUCUCUCACUUCUCAGACCUUCUUGAUCACUGAGAGCUGCCUUUUAUCCAAACUGGCGCUGGUGGAAACCACUCCGUAACGGUCUGUGUGUUUUUAGACAGUUGCUCGUGUGUUCCUUCUGGAUGUUUCUCUGCCGUGUCAGGUGACCAGUUUGACCCUAUGGCUGAUCUACGUUUGUGCUGAUGAGUUCUAUGCUUUUGUCUUCGAAUGUAGAAUAUGGCAGUGACAGUGUGAUAGUGAUUUUGGCACAAAAACCAUUGCGUUUGUCUUUGAAACUUUUAGGAACCAGGGCCUCUACUCUAAUACUUUAGAGCAACACUCAUUGUGGAGAUACUGUAUCAUAAAGUACAAGUUGACCCCUUAGUUUAGAUUGGGGACUUGUCGAGAUAUUAUCUCCUACUUAUAACUGACAUUCAUAUUAACGGUCUAAUGACUGACGAGGGAUAUUUAGCUUUUUUUGUUGUUGCUGUGGGCAAAUAAUGGGUUUACAAGCGUCACCCAAAUGAUAUUCAAGAAGUCGUGGUUUAAUCAGAAAGUUGGUCUGUCCCGGUCUGUGUCGAUUUGAAUGGAGAUUUCCAAGAACAACCACAGUUAAAAAGCAACCGUAAUGUUAUUGCUCUGAUGGAAUUCCUCAAAUGAUCUUGGAAAGAGAGUCUUUGGCUCUGUGCUGAUGAGGCUUGGGCGCUAUACCUUCUACUGGGGAUUUAGAAAUAUCGAUAUCAUGAUUUUCAAUAGUUUUCUUUUGGGGGGUUGUGUGCUGUAUAUCUAAAGGAUAAGUAUAAGGGAAUCUAAGAUGUGUGAAAUGAUAUCCAGCUCAGGGCUCCAGCGUUUGGUUUGCUAACGUGCUAGCUAAGUAGCGAGAUGUUAAGAACAAGCGUCUUGUUUACAGCAGAGAUAUUCAACCCCCUCUUGGAUUUAAGAUCCCUGUUGCCUAAAGUUGUUUUGUGCCUCAAAACAUAGCGCCCCUUUGGGUGUACAAUCAGUAAUACCGUAUACCCUUUACAGAUGUACCCUUUAGUCAGCGAGCAAUGCUGUUGUAGAUGGACCUUACGCUUGCUUACGGUGCUCAUCUGAAUAUUUUAACACAGCCAUCACCCCCCCCAUUUUAAAAUCACAAGCUCAUGAAUGGAAACAACAUUUUCUUUUUCCAAAAACAAGCGGGUGUGGGACUUCUCCCUCUACUUAAAGGGAAAUGUGUUUUUGACGGACAUCAGCAUUUCUUUUUGUGUGGAGAAUAAAAGGAAUUAACUUUUCACCAAGCAGAACAAGUGUGGCUACUUGGUUGGUUUGAAUGAACUUUUCACCAAGCAGAACAAGUGUGGCUACUUGGUUGGUUUGAAUGCUGAAAGAACUCUUAAAUGUGUUCAGUUGUAUGUUCAUUCAGCUAAUUGGGGGGGGGGGGCUAGAUAUUGUCAUAUCAUUUUUGUUGAUGUCACAGUGAAGUAGAGACAGGAUAGUCUUAAGUUAGCCCUAGAUGAUAAUUGAAUGAUAUGCUUGUUGCCUUGCUGACUGGAUGUUGGUAUAAGCUGGGGGUUGGUGCCCUGAAGUCUAGAAACCAUCUUCUUUAAAUGAAGGUAUGAUUCUGAUCACUCACUAGGUACUGUAGACUACCUCUGGCUCUAGAUGUUGUUUUAUUACUAUAGUAAUGCUUGUUUAUUUUGGGGUGUUUUAUGUUAGUCAGAUCUGAUUUCUAGAGCUGUAGUCAUGGUGACAGGCUGUUUGGCUUACCUCUUACCUGUAUCUGAGUUCAGAGGUCUAGGGUGGUUUGGUGGUGACUUGAUGGUCAGGCACGUGGAUGUGUUGUGUUGAUAGAAUGAUGCAUAUAUGAAUUAAUAUUCUGAUAUAAUGGCUUGGUUUCCAUUCGUGUGUUUGUGUUUUAGCCAGUUAAUUUGUGUGUGUGUUGUGUGUAAAUGUUUUUUGCGUAGUGAUGGUAAUGAAACAGAACUCUUCAAAUGAUGAGUUCAUGUAACCAGGGUUGGGAUUCACUUCCAUUGGUGUUUCUCAUUGAGGAGAAUGGAAGAAUUUACUGAACUGAAUAUUAAGGUAGUAUGGUUGCCAUCGUUGAAUUAUCCCAUUUUUCCAUACCUUUUUGGGAUUACAAUAUUGCCUGUGUUCUCUAAUAUUCUUUUGUUUGUUAUAAAGGUACUGGAAAAUGUAGAAAAAAAUCCCCCCCGCAAGUGCACAGAACAUUUUGUCAAUAUUUUCCUCUCUUGAUCUUUAAUUUCAUAUUUAUAUCAAUGUGAUUAUGUAUUUAUAAAAACUCAACUUGAAUUUUUUUUCUUUCUUAUACUAAUUAGAUUUUCAUUCUAUAUAACAAUUUAUAUAAAAAGGAAUUCCCUACAAUUUUAUAGCCUGGUUGAACCAGAUUGAAAGCUGCGUUGCAUUCAUCACGGUUAACCAGGCUAACUAUUUUUAUCUCGUGUUGACCUGGACUCUGGUCACAAAUUCCUCUCCGAUGUUCAACCAUUUGAAGUGAUUAGGGAAGCCUGUCUUUCCCCAAUGUGUCUGAAUGAUGCUUAUACUAAUACAAAUAGGAUAUGUCCCAAAUGGCACCAUAUUUCUUAUGUAAGUGGCACUUUUAGACCAGAGCCCUAUGGGCCCUAGUACACUAGAUAGGGAAUAGCAUGUCAUUUGAGACGUAACCAUGGAGAUUACACACUGCUUAUUCAAAGUUUUUUUCCCAUUUUUUUUUUAUUUUAUAUGAAUGCAUGAAAGAGUAUGUUAUGUGAAUAUUUUUGAAAAUACAGAUUUAAUUUUCAGUUUUAUUGUAACAUGGCUUUUUAAAACAUGUAUGUUUGAUUUGAAAGCUUUGAUAUAAAUUGUGUAUAUAUAUAAAUAAAUAUAUAUAUAAUGUAUCUGAACAGGACCAUCUGUUGGGUUGGUGCCAUUGAGGAUGUUUUAUAUUCUGGAUGUUUGAAAUUCACCAAAACUUGAAUAAAAGCAAUAUAAAUAUGGCAA